AAGCUCGUAUCUCCUGACCAAAACACUCCCACGUGAGGGGCCCAAAAAAUCUGGUCCCUCCUGACCUCACCUUUAAUUACCGACUCUCAGGUGUUUGUGUGACCCCUCCACCGUCACAUCCGGAUGGUGGUGUUAGGGUCCCAUGAUGCCUCCCUGCCUGGUCGCUACUGGGGGGAGGGACAGGAGCCCGUGGCCAGCCCUAGUCAAGCCUCACUGCUCCUGGCCAGACUGAAUGAGCGUGCCAGGGCCAGGAAAGCCGGUCUUGGGAAGGGAACACCGAGGGAUGGGCAGAAAGGAUUAGGGACUGAGAUAACGACACCAGAGCAGAGAUUGAUGAGAGGGGACAGAGAGGAAGGGAUUUCUGGGAUUGUCGCAACACCCAAGACGCAACACAUCAGCACAACACAGCCCAGUAGUGAUGUCCAGCCCAAGGUCAAUGGAGUUAAGGUUUCAGAUCCCUUCUCUGAGGAGGCGGAAAGUGUUGGAGAGAAGAAGAGGAAGAAAGGGGAGGAGACGGAUGACCUUACUGGUGGAGGGUCAAUGCUAGAAAUAUCGAUGAGUGAACAGAAUGAAGAAUGCGUUGAAGGGUCUGUCACGAAGAAGAAAAAGAAGAAAAGGAAACGAGAAGAGGAAGAAAGAGCAGUAAGAAUGGAGGGUUUAGUUAGCUCACAGGAUGAAGGAGGUAGUGAAGCCCCCAUUACCAAGAAGAAAAAGAAGAAAAGGAAGAAGGAAGAGGAAGAAUUGCAACAAGGAGGGGAAGAAGGGGAAGCAAUAGAGCCUGUGAUAAGUGAGGUAGCUGUGGAGGGUGCAGAAGAGAGUGGCUUGAAAAAGAAGAAGAAGAAGAAAAAGCAGGAAGAAUGUAUGAAUGAGAAUGAGUCCGGUACAGUAGAUGAAAGUAGGUCUGCCAUAAAAAAGGAAAAGAAGAACGAAAAUGAAGAUAAUGAAAUGGAGGAUAGCAGGACCGAAGAAAGCAUUACCAAAAGUCCCCAAAUGAAGAAGGAGAAGAAGAAGAAAGGAGAGGAGUUAGAGGAAGAAGAAGAGGUGGAGAAAACAGUGAAAAGGAAGAUGAAAGAAGAGGAAAUAAAUGACACACAACAGCAGGAAACUAACGAAACUCUCCACUCACCAGCGCACCAGAAGAAGAAGAAGAAGAAAAACAUCAAGUUGGAACCCAAGGAGGAUGAAAACCAAGAUACUUCCACUACUCUUAAAGUCCCAAAAAUAAGGGUCAAGGAAGAGAUACUAGACAGAAAUGAAGCCUUUGAGAUGGAGCAGAAAGAGGAAGAAGAAGAACUUGGAGUAGACAAUCACAUCGGAGGAGGAGAUGAAGAAAAGGAGGAGGAAAACGAGAAAGACAGACAGGAUGAUGAAACGAAGAAAAUCAAAAAGAGGGAGAAGAAGAAAAAGAAGACCAAGAAAAAGGAAGGGAAAGAGAAGAACAGAGAGGUCAAGGGGUUCACUCUCCUCACAGAAGUGGAAGCGACGAGGAAGCAGAAGGUCCAGCGCACCCUCCCCCACUGGCUAGCACACCCCACAGUCAUUGGCCGCGACCUCAUGGCUGACGGGACACCUGUGGACUCGCUCCCAGGCCUUGACCCGUCCCUGAAAGACCUCUUGAAGCUGCAGAAAGUCCAGCAGCUCUUCCCAGUGCAGAGGGCGGUCAUCCCGGAGAUACUGGCUGGUGCUGGGACCCUUGCAUGCAGGUUCCGGCCAAGAGACCUGUGUGUGUCCGCCCCUACAGGCAGCGGCAAGACCCUGGCCUAUGUGCUGCCCCUCGUCCAGGCCCUCAGGAGUCGCACGGUGCCCAGGAUCCGCGCCCUUAUCCUCCUUCCGGUGCAGGAGUUGGCGACACAGGUCUUCCACGUGUUCCAAACCUACUGUCGCGGCACUCCCCUGCGUGUGGGCAAGGCGGUCGGCCACUCCACGCUGCAGAAGGAACAGAUGGCCCUCGUGGCUCACCAUCUGGAUCGCCACCACUCCCUCGUAGACAUCCUGGUGGCCACGCCCGGGAGACUGGCCGAUCACCUUAGGAUGACGCGUGGUCUGGACCUCUCGGCCCUUAGGUACUUGGUGUUAGACGAAGCAGACCGCAUGUUGGCAGCGGAGGGCGGGGACUGGGUGGCUCACGUACAGCGGGCCAUCAGCGACCACCAGGCAGUGUCCAGGGCCGGCCAGUCGCUCCCUCAGGCACACCUCCAACGCCUGCUCUUCUCAGCCACUCUCUCCAGCGACCCGGAACAGCUGCAACACGUAACACUCCACCACCCCAAGCUGUUCACUGUGGCUGCCCCUGCUGCUGGCCAGGACAAGUCAGCCGCAGUGGUCAUCGGGCAAUUCGUGCGGCCAUCGGAGCUCAAGGAGGAGUAUGUGAUGGUCGAGGAGGAGGUGAAGCCGCUCGCCCUCCACCACCUCCUCGUGUCGGGAGAGGGGCGUCACAGGGUCCUCGUAUUCACAAACUCCGUGCACGCGACACACAAGUUGGCCCUCCUCCUGGCUGCCCUGUCCCGUGGCUCUGAGAGGGUCGUGGCGGAGUUCUCAAGCAAGAGGGACAAGAGGCAGCAGAUUGUGUCACAGUUUGCAUCGGGGAAGAUUGACGUGCUAGUGUCCAGCGAUGCCAUGGCCCGAGGGUUGGACAUACCGAACAUCGACCACGUGGUGUCCUAUGACGUAACGGCCACCACCACCUAUGUCCAUCGCAUUGGCCGUACUGCGAGGGCGGGGCGGCCAGGCACGGCACUCUCCAUUGUUACCAAGAGCUCCAUAGGUGAGUUCCGUAAGGCACUGUCAGGGGGCGGCGAGGGUGCGUCCCAGCUCUCCCUCGCCCCGGAAGAGCUUGAGCCUUACGAGCAGCAGUACAUCGACGCCCUGGCCAGCCUGAAGGGCACACUGGAGGAGGAGGAGCGGGAGAAGAGACAGAACCACACAACGAACGGAAAGGCAAAGAAGAAGCAGAAGAAGAAGAAGAGGCAGAGGAAGCAGAAGAAGGACUUGCGGACGACACGGCUGGCGCAGAGGAAGGCCGGGGACAGCAGGGGGAAGGUGACCGUCAAUGCGAAUCGUUUGCGUCACCACCCGAAGAGAACGUAAACAAAGGGAUUGAUACGCGGCCGAGAGAGCGACACCACUUUAGGGAAAAUGAGGCGGCUAGUUGUGACAAAGCAAAAAACGCAAAACGAACAUAAAUAAAGGAAAUGACGCCACCGAGACAAGGGUAAACAAGCCCUAUAGUUACGGUGAAGUCUCGGUAUUGGCAGCUGGUCUGGGGGCAAGAUUUUAAAGUGCCUGUUCAUGCCUUCUACUAACUGCGGAUUUCCUACAAGAAGACAUCAAGCUACAGGAAUGGAACAAAAAGUGGCUGCUACAAUUCAAUGAAGAAAAAUGUAAAGUCCUGCACCUUGGGAGGGGAUAUCCAGCACACCAAUACCACAUGGGAAGCACUCCACCAUCCACCACAGAGGCAGAGAAAGACCCGGGAGUAUAUGUGACCAGGGUACCAGUGAAGGGAUAUCCAGCACACCAAUACCACAUGGGAAACACUCCACCAUCCACCACAGAGGCAGAGAAAGACCCGGGAGUAUAUGUGACCAGGGUACCAGUGAAGGGAUAUCCAGCACACCAAUACCACAUGGGAAACACUCCACUAUCCACCACAGAGGCAGAGAAAGACCCGGGAGUAUAUGUGACCAGGGUACCAGUGAAGGGAUAUCCAGCACACCAAUACCACAUGGGAAACACUCCACCAUCCACCACAGAGGCAGAGAAAGACCCGGGAGUAUAUGUGACCAGGGUACCAGUGAAGGACAAAUCCAUGCCAAUUGCAGCAGACAGAUUAAUGGGACCAGGGAGAGUUGAGGGACAUAAGGUUCUGCCAUUGUUUUGUUGCUUUUAAAUAAAUUAUGAGACGUC